AUGGCGGCCCCCGGGGACUGCUGCGUCCAGGUGGCGGUCAGGAUCCGUCCCCAGCUGUCAAAGGAGAAGAUUGAGGGAUGCCAUAUCUGCACUUCGGUGACCCCCGGGGAGCCCCAGGUGCUACUGGGAAAGGACAAGGCAUUCACCUACGACUUUGUCUUCGACUUGGACACGUGGCAGGAGCGGAUCUACACCACCUGCGUCAGCAAACUCAUAGAGGGCUGCUUCGAAGGCUACAAUGCCACCGUGCUGGCGUAUGGCCAGACCGGAGCUGGGAAGACGUACACCAUGGGCACCGGCUUUGACACAAACAUCUCGGAGGAGGAGCAUGGGAUUAUCCCGCGGGCCAUCUCCCACCUCUUCAGUGGCAUCGAGCAGCGCAAGCGGGCGGCACAGGAGCAUGGCGCAGCCGUGCCGGAGUUCAAAGUCAGCGCCCAGUUCCUGGAGCUCUACAACGAGGAGAUCCUGGACCUGUUCGACAGCGCCCGGGACCCCGACUCCCGCCACCGCAAGUCCAACAUCAAAAUCCACGAGGACGCCAGCGGCAGCAUCUACACCACGGGCGUCACCUCCCGCCUCAUCAGCUCCCAGGACGAGCUGAUCCAGUGCCUGAAGCAGGGAGCUCUGUCCCGCACAACCGCCAGCACCCAGAUGAAUGUCCAGAGCUCCCGCUCCCAUGCCAUCUUCACCAUCCACCUGUGCCAGAUGAGAGUCUGUGCCCGGCCGGACCUGGUGACCGGCCUUCCCGAGGGAUCCCAGGCCACCGGCGAGUACGAGACCCUCUCCGCCAAGUUCCACUUCGUGGACCUGGCCGGUUCGGAGAGGCUGAAGCGGACAGGAGCCACGGGCGAGAGAGCCAAGGAGGGCAUCUCCAUCAACUGCGGCCUGCUGGCCCUGGGAAACGUCAUAAGCGCCCUUGGAGACCAGAGCAAGAAAGCCGUGCACGUACCCUAUCGAGACUCCAAACUGACUCGGCUCCUCCAGGACUCCCUUGGGGGGAACAGUCAAACCAUCAUGAUCGCCUGCAUCAGCCCCUCUGACCGGGACUUCAUGGAGACCUUGAACACGCUCAAGUACGCCAACCGGGCUCGCAACAUCAAGAACAAGGUGGUGGUGAACCAGGACAAAACCAGCCAACAGAUCAGUGCCCUGCGGGCCGAGAUCGCCCGCCUCCAGAUGGAGCUCAUGGAGUACAAGGCGGGCAAGCGUGUGAUCGGGGAGGACGGCUCCGAGGGCUACAGCGACUUGUUCCACGAGAACGCCAUGCUCCAGAAGGAGAACGCCACCUUGCGCAUGAGGGUGAAGGCCAUGCAGGAGGCCAUAGAUGCCAUCAACAGCCGGGUCACCCACCUGAUGAGCCAGGAGGCCAAUUUGAUACUGGCUAAGGCAGGUGACGGCAAUGAGGCCAUCGGCGCCCUGAUCCAGAACUACAUCCGGGAGAUCGAGGAGCUCAGGACAAAGCUCUUGGAGAGCGAAGCCAUGAACGAGUCACUCCGCCGCAGUCUGUCACGGGUCUCCUCCAGGCCCCCAUACUCCCUGGGCUCGUCUCCAGGGCCAGGCCUGGGGGCACUCAGCAGCCCCGUGGUCUCCAUGGAGGCGGAGGCCACCGAAGUUCUUCGGCGGGCCAAGCAGGAUCUGGAGCGGCUGAAGAAGGAGACCAGGCAGCGGAGGAAGAGCCCGGAGAAGGAGGCCUUUAAGAAGAGGCCAAAGCUACAGCAGGAGAACGGGGAGGAGACGGACGAGAAUGAGGAGGAGGAGGAGGAGCGGGAGGAGAGUGGCUGUGAGGAUGAGGACGAGGAUUCGGGCAGUGAGGAGAGCCUGGUGGACUCAGACUCAGACGCUGAGGAGAAGGUGGUGAAUUUCCAGGCUGACCUGGCUGACCUGACCUGCGAGAUCGAGAUCAAGCAGAAGCUGAUUGACGAGCUGGAGAACAGCCAGCGGCGCCUGCAGACCCUCAAGCACCAGUAUGAGGAGAAGCUGAUCCUGCUGCAGAACAAGAUCCGCGACACCCAGCUGGAGAGGGACCGGGUGCUGCAGAACCUCAGCACCAUGGAAUGCUACACGGAGGAGAAGGCCAACAAGAUCAAGGCGGACUACGAGAAGCGGCUGAAGGAGAUGAACCGGGACCUGCAGAAGCUGCAGGCGGCCCAGAAGGAACACGCUCGCCUGCUCAAGAACCAGUCGCGCUAUGAGCGGGAGCUCAAGAAGCUGCAGGCCGAGGUGGCAGAGAUGAAGAAAGCGAAGGUGGCACUGAUGAAGCAGAUGCGGGAGGAGCAGCAACGUAGACGGCUGGCAGAGACCAAGCGGAACCGGGAGAUCGCCCAGCUGAAGAAGGAGCAACGCAGGCAAGAGUUUCAGAUCCGGGCGCUGGAGUCUCAGAAGCGGCAGCAGGAAAUCGUGCUGCGAAGGAAAACCCAGGAGGUCUCCGCUCUGCGCCGCCUGGCCAAGCCCAUGUCGGACCGGGUCUCUGGGAGGCUGAGUCAGAAGCCGGCCAUGCUGGACUCGGGCGCGGAGGUGUCCGCCAGCACCACCUCCUCGGAACCGGAGUCCGGCUCUCGCUCGGUCUCCAGCAUCGUGCGUCAGUGGAACCGGAAAAUCGACCACUUCCUCGGAGACCCUUUGCCCUCCGUGAAUGGGGCUCGGCCCGUCAGGAAGAAGUUCCCGAAGAAGGGGGUGAGCCAGUCCUUCAGCAAGGCGGCCCGGCUCAAGUGGCAGUCGCUGGAGCGGCGCAUCUUCGACGUCGUCAUGCAGAGGAUGACCAUCGUCAACCUGGAGGCGGACAUGGAGCGGCUGAUCAAGAAACGCGAGGAGCUGGCAUUGCUGCAGGAGGCGCUGCAGGGGAAGAGGGGAAAGCUGCAGGCGGGGAGCCCGGAGGAGCAGAAGGGCCUGCAGGAGCUGAACGAGGAGAUCGAGGUGCUGACCGCCAACAUCGACUACAUCAACGACAGCAUCGCCGACUGCCAGGCCACCAUCAUGCAGCUGGAGGAGACCAAGGAGGAGCUGGACUCCACCGACACCUCCGUGGUGAUCAGCUCCUGCUCCUUGGCUGAGGCGCGCCUCCUGCUGGACAACUUCCUCAAGGCUUCCAUCGAUAAGGGGCUGCAGGUGGCUCAGAAAGAAGCCCAGAUCCGCCUGUUGGAAGGGCGCCUGAGACAAACGGACGUGACCGGCUCCUCCCAGAACCACGUCAUCCUGGAUGCCCUGCGGGAGAAAGCGGAGUCCCACCCUGAGCUGCAGGCACUCAUCCACAACGUGCAGCAAGAGAAUGGCUACGCCAGCACGGACGAGGAGAUCUCGGAGUUCAGCCUGGCCUCGGAGGGGAGCUUCUCCCAGUCUUUCACCAUGAAGGGCUCGGCCAGCCAGGAUGACUUCAAGUUCAAGGGGGAACCCAAGCUGUCAGGCCAGAUGAAGGCUGUGUCGGCCGAGUGCCUGGGACCCACGCUGGACAUCUCCACCAAGAACAUCACCAAGUCCUUGGUAUCCCUUAUGGAGAUCAAAGAAGACGGAAUCGGUUUUUCCAUCCGAGAUUCCUAUUACAAGGAUAAGGUCUCCCGCACCAUCAGCCUGCCCACCCGCGGCAGCACCUUCCCUAGGCAGUCCCGUGGCUCAGACACCUCGCCUCUGACCCGGAGGAAAUCCUACGACCGGGGGCAGCCGACCAGGACUUCAGACGUUGGCUUUACGCCUCCCUCGUCCCCUCCCACCAGGCCGCGCAACGACCGCAAUGUCUUCUCCCGCCUCACCAGCAACCAGAGCCAGGGCUCCGCGCUGGACAAGUCUGACGACAGCGAUUCCUCUGUCUCGGAGGUGCUGAGGGGCCUCAUUAACCCCGUGGGCAGUGCCAGGAGCGCUCGGACAGCCCCGCUGCAGUGCAUAUCCAUGGCGGAGGGACACUCCAAACCUGUUCUCUGUGUGGACGCCACCGACGAGCUGCUCUUCUCUGGAUCCAAAGAUCGGAGCUGUAAAAUGUGGAACUUGGUGACGGGCCAGGAAAUCGCCUCGCUGAAGGGCCACCCCAACAAUGUGGUGUCCAUCAAGUACUGCAGCCACUCGGGGCUGGUGUUCACCGUCUCUACCUCCUACAUCAAGGUGUGGGACAUCCGGGACUCGGCCAAGUGCGUCCGCACCCUCACCUCUUCGGGUCAGGUGAUCUCCGGGGACGCCUGUGCCGGGACCACGACCCGCACCAUCGCCAGCGUGCAGGGCGAGCACCAGAUCAACCAGAUCGCGCUCAACCCCGCCGGCACCAUGCUCUACGCCGCGGCCGGGAACUCCGUCCGCAUCUGGGAGCUCAAUAGGUUGCAGCCCAUCGGGAAGCUGACUGGCCACAUCGGGCCCGUGAUGUGUCUGACUGUGAACCAGACCACGAGCAACCACGACCUGGUCAUCACCGGCUCCAAGGAUCACUACGUCAAGAUGUUUGAGAUCGCGGACAGCGUGGUGGGGAACGUUGGCCCCACCCAUAACUUCGAGCCCCCGCACUACGACGGCAUCGAGUGUCUGGCCAUCCAAGGCGAUGUGCUCUUCAGCGGCUCCAGGGACAACGGGAUCAAGAAGUGGGACCUGGAGCAGCAGGAGCUCCUCCAGCAAAUCCCCAACGCACACAAGGACUGGGUCUGCGCCCUGGCCUUCGUCCCCGGCCGCCCCAUGCUGCUGAGUGCCUGCCGUGGGGGCAUGGUGAAGGUCUGGAACGUGGAGAACUUCACUCCCGUUGGGGAGAUCAAGGGCCACGACAGCCCCAUCAAUGCCGUCUGCACCAAUUCCAAGCACAUAUUCACUGCUUCCAGUGACAUGACAGUGAAGCUCUGGAGCAGGAGACGAUUCCUAAAUGGCCCGACCUAGGGGCUGGGAAGGCCGGAGCCAGGGCGACUGGCAGGCUCCCUGGCAGGCCCAGGCCCCAGCCCCUCUCCCCGGCCAUGAAGAGGUGGGAGCGGCCUGGCCUGCAUGUGCCCCAGUUCCCAGGACUCUGGGGUGAUGGUGUCUCGGCUGGGUCUUUGUGCACUGCCAGCUCCCACGGCUAGGGGGCGUCGUUGCCGUCCAGCCCCACGCUGGGUUUCCAGCAUGCAUAGGGCUUUCUGCUGACUGGGGCGUAGCCAGGCAGUGCUUCAGGACAUGGCCUUGCCAGCCCUGGGGAGGACCCUGAGCUGAGACACUCAACGGGAUCGUUCCAGUCUGCCCCACAGCCUAUUCAGUGCCCCCACACCCCGGAGCCUGGAUGUGCAUGAAGGAUCCCGCAACCUGCACCCUGCUGCUGGCCUCCGCACCGCCCUGGUGCCUGGGGUCUCGUUCCCCCUGGAAGCGGCUGCAGGCGCCCCUCUCUACACCUCAUCGUUCAGCAGAGCUGGGUUCUGCCGGCCGGUACCGAAAUACGGAGAGGGCUUGUGUGCUGCCCGAAGAUCGCCCCAGGGCCGCGCUCAGAGCCUACCCCAGCCUGGCACCAGCAGGGUGCAUGGAGCACUGCUGGGGAACGACCCACUCCCGGAGACGGCCUCCCAGCCCCGGCGCUGCACUAGGGCUCCUUGCAAGGAGCUCCGGCAGCAGCUCCAUUGCUGUGUCGCUGGACCAAAUCCGCAUGCUGUCUGGCAAAUGUCGACCUCUGCACCUGACCCACCUCAUUCUGAGCCAGGGCAUCCCCCCUUUUGCCCCAGGGGUGGAGAGAAGGCAGCUGGCACAUCGGGGAAAAUCCCUGUGGGCGUCUCCAGGGAAAAGCGGAAUUUCUGGAUCUGUUCUCUUUGGGCACCCCCUCACACAUCCGACUGAGCCUUCAUCGCGCACUGGUCUGUUCGCUGUUCCCUGUGGUCCCCAUUGCCCAUUUGGACAUCCGGCUUGGUGCCAUCUCUGCUGAGCAUGGGAGUAGCUCAUUCCCAGCUGCUGCGGGAAGGGAUUGAAGCUUUUAUAGUGGGGUUUCAAAGAAUUUUUUAAGCACCCUUGAGAAUGGAUUGGGACCUGGGGAUUUUUAAUAGCUGCGAAAGGCUUUAAUGCUGGGAAAAGGGGUAAGCUCUCCGCACCAUCUCACAGGAGGGGUUUAGGUUUGCUUGGGACAGAUUCCUGCCUGCCAGCCUGUGGGGCCUGGCCUGGGAGAGGUCUGGGACUAGAGUAGUGGGUGGAAGGGCAGGGCGGGCGGUGGUGUUAUGGUCAGGAGAGAGGCGCUUUGGCAAAGGCGGAGGGCGUGGGGUGCUCUGGACGGGAUCUGCAGCGGGGAGUGGGGCAGGGCUAGAAUGGAGCUGGAUGAAGGGAAAGAUGGGGGUAGCGGGAGGGGCCCACAUGAGACUUGAGGUGCAUUAGCAGAGCUGGGGGGCAAUGAGGGGUUGCCCAUGGCCUGCCCAUGCUCUGCUUGCCACCCACCUGCACGGCCAGUAUGGCACAAGACACUAAAUCACCACGGUCACCCCAGAUUUCAGUUUUACAAAGGUCAAAAUUGCAUAAGGUCUCUUGCCACCAUCUCCCCCACCAUGCUUGGGUGCCCCGCUUCCUCUGGGGCAUCCACGGCCAAGUGCCUGCAGCGUCCAGAGCCACGUGGGCACCCCACAGCACUACACUCCCCAAAGCACAUGGACUCGCUGUCACUGGGGUCUUUCGCUCUCUCCUCCCCUAAUGACUGGCUAAGGAGUCCCAGUCCCACGCACCAACACCCAGUGCAGCCAGAACCUUCGUCAGACAGCUUCUCACUGCUAUGUAACGCCCUUGGGGUGCAGAGCUUGCUGCGAAAUGGACCUGAGGGAACGGCAGCAGGCUGGCCCUUUCCCCCGGGUAUGUUUCUUGCGUCGCUCCGCCCGUCACAUAAGAAGCAGCGGCCGGACUCUGGUUUUAUUGAUUGAUCUUCAGCUAACCCCAUCAGCAAUGGAUUGUGUGUUCUCUAGGAUGCAAGACUUUUGGUGUCCUUGGUUAACAGGGGAUUGCCCCGGGUUUCCUUCUACCCGGCAGAUCGAAGGAGAACACCAAGGGGUUCUUACCCCAGAUUUGACCUCCUUUGAAACUGAUACAUUGGACAGGAAACGUUUCCACUUCGUAAACAGCACCAGCCUCUUCGUUCAUUUGUUUUGCCUUUUGAUAAUCCGGCUGCCCUGUCUUGCAGUAGCGAGCCCUGCCAAACCAGUGAUCGCCCCCUGCUGCACAAAGCAAAAUGGCCUCCAGUCGCUGCUGCUCUGGAGUGGUUCUGAGAUGGGAAAAAUUGUUCAUUUCCAUCAAGCCUCUGAGCAUCUGGAUACUGACCGGGAUGGGGAGCUCUGAAGUCCUGCCAGGGUGCUGGCUCUGGUGGGACCCAAACACAGUGACUUGGUUUGCUCAGCUACGCAUUACACCCACCCAUCAUUCUCCCACUGCUGCCACCAACGAAAGGAGAAGUGUCCCCAGGGCUCUGCCGAUGGCCUGGGGGAAGGGAACGCAGGUUGAAGUGAUGCCUUCCAGCCACCAAGAGAGAGUGGAUUAUAUCCAAGAUCCCCUCUUCCCCCCCCCCCCCCCGAUGGGACAGGAUUAAACUGUCUGGGAGAGAAAAGUUGGAUUUUUCCAGUUGGCAACGAGGGACAAGCAAACGUGAAUGGUCUGAAAUGAAGGAUCUGAGCUAGGGGCUCUGAGACGUGGGUGGGUGGCCUAUACCCUGGCGGAUGUUGCCUGAGUCUCUGCUUGUCACAACGGCUGUUGAAUGUAACACCUGACACCCGCUCCGCCCUGGCAGGUGUGAAUGGCUCUGGGGGCAGGAGGGAGCCAGGGCAGCAGUGUGUCUGCUUCAGUGGGGCUUCAUCUGAUCUUUAAGAGCCUGAUCCGAAGCCAGCAGAACGUCUCCCAUUGACCUCCAUGGAUUUUGGAUCAGGGAUUCAGUGCGGGUCGCUGCAUGAGAGGGGAAGAUUUCACCUGCAUGUAGCCCAGUAGCCACCUGUUGGAAUUCCCUGGUUCUUUGCCUCGGGGCUAAUCCCAGGCAGCUCUGCUCCAGUGACCCCAGCACGUUGCAAGACCGAGCGCUCGUGGCGGCUGGGCCUCGUUCUGUCUCGCACCGAGCGACUGCAUCUCGUGGCGUUCCCGGCCGGCAAAACCCCACAGGAGGUCAAUAGGAACAAGCAGGUUGAAAGAUGGAAAUUUCCUCACAAGUUGUCCUGAGGCCGCCCAGCCAGCUGGCAAAAGAUGAUCCAGUACCGGGCACCUGGCGUGUGUCCACUGUCCGCUCCCAUGUGCUGGGCACAGCCCUUCCCUUGAGGUGCCCCUGCCGGCUCCUCUCCCUGUGUGGAAGGGAGAGCAGGCGGGGGCUGUGUUGUACUGUAGCUCUGUGUGUGUGCGGACGGUCUCUUUUUCAUUGGGAGGGGUGUCAUUUGAGGGGGGUUCUUUAGGUUAAGCUACCUCAUGGUCUGAGCCAUUUUUAAAACUUUUUUUUUUAUGAUUUUGAAACUUGAAUUUGUCCUGGAAUCACCACUUGCGUUGCUGAGCCGCUCGGGUCCUGGGGGCUUGUCCUGCCUUAGCGUUGCAGGGUGACCUACCGCACCCUUGCUCUGCUUGAAAAAUGCCCCCCUUAGCCUUUAAAAAAGGACCUCUGAUUGUUGGAGGGCCCAACUUGACACUUGAAAGGGGUCUGAUCUCCAGUCAGGGGGUGCUCACGGCUUUCUCUUUAAGGGGUCAUGGACUGGGCCCCUGAAACAACUAGCCGCUCUUGAAAAUCAUGACCCUGACUCUUACAUGGAGGCCCUGUCUGCAGGUUGUCGAGAGGAGCUCCGAAUGCCACCCUGAGCCAGCGUGUGCCAGGCGGACAUCGGAAUGCCUCUCGAGCCCACAAUAGUCCUGCUGCGAGCCGAGAAGGGUCCAUGCCAACCCCCCAGCUGCCUGUUCUUGAAAGCACUGACAGCCUGACGCUGAUUCCCAGGUCUUCCACUUCACCCGAAGUGGGGCCCUCUGCAUUUUAGUGAAACCAGUAAGCGCCCCCCGACCCUCUUGGUCCUGACUCUGGCCGUGGCCACCUGGGAAUGGCUCCUUAUCUGGAACCAUGCAGUGACCGAUUUUACCAUGAUCUGGCUGCACUUAACCCUAAUUUAACAAGAGCCUCCUGUGGCAUCAUAUUCAGGACCCAUGUAAGAGCAGGGUUAUGGAGUUUCCCCUGAGCUCAUGUUGUAUACAGCUUGUGUUUGGCUGAAACGUCCCCUAACAGGGACUCUUUCCCAGCGUUCGGAUUAAUGUCCAUCUCUUUCUGAAUCCUAAUGCCCUCCCUUAUCUCGGGCCAGAUCCUCAGCUGGUGAAAAUGGUCACAGCUUCAUCAAUGGAGCUAGGAUGGUUUACACCAGCUGAGGAUCUGUUCCCUGGACUUUUAGGCACAAGACUAUCCUUCCUCUUAGCCAGGGAACAAAUCCUGGAAGAGCCCCAGCUGAAAGCACAAUGCCGCUUAAUCUUGGGAAUAAGGGGCAGCUUUGUAAUGUACAAUCAAAGGGGAAGCCCAUUCCCCUAAAAUAUAUAUGCUGCACCCCUUCUGGGGGCCAGUAACUCAAAGCACACCCCCAACGUACCCCUGCUGUCAUUAGUAGCUGGGCGCGUUAGCCUCUUGGAAGAACUAAGGAGUCCUAUUUGUUCCUUGUCUUCAAAAUCUGCCUGCUAGUGAUUGCACGUGAUUGUACUUUCAGGCAGCAGGACAGGGAAGAGGACGGCACAAAUCAAGAGGUCCCUUUGGGUGCAGUCAUCCCUGAUGUUACCAUGUAAGGUGGGGAGAUGGGGAACAAAUGCCUCCAUGCAGGGGCAACGAGUGAAGGUAACCGUGACCGUGUGUGAUCUGGGAGAGUUUAAUUGGUGUGUCUGUGAUGGGAAGCAGGUAACGGGGCAGGACAGCGAGGGCUCAGGAGAUAAAUUCACCCCCACAAGUCUCCUUGGCGUUUGCAGCAGCGCCCGGGGCAGGCUGUAGCCCAGUAACUCGGGGCUGAAAGGAGCCCAAGGUGGAUGAGGGCCUGGGAGCGGCAGUGAGCUGCGUCUCCCGAGCCCUGAUUCUGAUCUUGCCCUGUCACUGCAGUGUCUGUGGGGCCAUGAGUCAGGCCCGUCGGCACACACUCAUUUACAGCUGCGUAACCUCCACCCUUAUGAAUGGCAUCUGCAUUUGACCCCCAACCUCUCCCCACCCUGCUCCUGCCUCUUCUCCCUCCAUCCCCCUUUCUGGCCCUGAAACCAUCCAAGACUCGACAGGCCAGUGGCUACCUUCCCCUACCCACUGCACAUGAAGGGGGAUUGAAUUCAGGGAGCGGCUCCGCGCGGGGGGACAGGUCAGUGCCGGGAGCCCUCAAGGCCGCUGCAGCAAUGGUGCCUCCUGCAGACCGGUGGUGAAAUUGACCCGGGGGGAGACGAUGGAAGUUACAAGUCUGAGCUGCCUGGAAUGACUUUUUUUGUGUUUAUGCUGCAGGGCACUGCAUGUACCCCUAGCGUGGCACCCACGGGCCCUGUUCCUUUACCUGCUGUCUGUGCAGACCCUGCUCAUGCAAACCUCUCUGGGGGGCCAGACCCAGGGAGGAUGCCCUAACUGACGAUGGAGACAGCUGAACUCAUGGUUGCUGCAGCUCUGUUUCUGCGCUAUUUGCUCUGCUUUCUCUAGAUUCCUGCCAGGCUUCCCACCCCAACUGCUCCACCCUUGUCCUCUCCCGACCGUGCGGGCCAUACAGCUCCGUUCACUGCACUGGCUGUGGUACCCUCCUGGAGCUGGGACUCGCUCUGUCCCAUCUGCUGCUGUUUGUGCUGUAGGGGCAGGGCUGAUUAAGAUUUAGCACCCCACGGCUCACCCCUUUCAGGCCCCCAGUUAGCUGUUAGCACCGCAGAGCCGCUGCUAGCCCCAUUCCCUCUAAUCGCUGGUGACCUGGCAUGUCCAGUCCAGGAACAGAGACUCCUUUAGCCCCCAAAAGCCCUGGGGGAAGCCUGUCGUCCUGAGGGGUCCCUCCCAUCCCUCGUGCUCCUGAGGACCUAGGAGUAACCCCCCUGCUGGGGGCUCCAUUCUCAGCCCUUAUGUUGGGCAGGGAUGGGUCCCUGAGGCAGGGGCCUUCACUUGGAAGAGCUCCCCAGCGUAAGGGUUACAAACCUGGGGCCGCCCUACUGGAAGGUGGAUUCUCAUGAGCACCAGGAUGUGUCCUGGCACUGAUCCUCUCCCAGGACCCUGAUUCCUUCCUGGUCCUUUACUCUCAGCCCUUCCCCCCACCCCCCCCCCCCCACACACUGCUGGCCGUAUUCCCAUCCUGCUUCCCGCUGACCCCCGUUUCAGGUACGAUUCCCCCAAAGAGCACAAGCGUCAGAUUUCUUUCUGAGCUGACUGGUGCCAUCCCAUGGUCAGCGUCUCCCCUUCCCUUCUCACCCCUUUCAGCCCUAACAACAAAGCCGCUGGGCAAAGCUUCUCUCCUGGGGGAGCUGAGUUGCGAGACCCAGCAGGGUAGGACGAACGGCCUUCAUCAGUGGCCUUGUGCCUCUGCAAAGGCAGUGGGCCAUUGGCACUGGGAUUGACCCCGCGCAGGGAUCCUUCCACCCCUCCCCACAGUUCCACCAGGAGAUUCUUCCGGUGCCCAGCCUUGCAACUCUUAGCUGCAUUCGUCUGGGGGCUCCUCCACCUUACACUACAGCCCUGCUUUACCCUGGGACGAUGCCUGGCCUUUGGUGUAGUCGUCUGUGUGAUUUCUCCCCCACCCCCUGGGGCAGGAAGGAGCACUGCUUUACACUGAGGUUCUUUUGGUGAUGGGAUAGUAACCUUACUCCUGCCCUGCAUUGUGAGCGUGAGCAGCUGUGUAUGGAGCCUCAGCCAGUAGAGACGGAGCAGACCUAACACUGGUCACUUAGUUUAGCCCUCACCCUGUGUCAAUACUGUACAAGUGUUGCAAACAGCCGGUGCCUUUUCUUGCCCUGGGAUGUUUUUGGAGCUGUCAACGCUUGCUAAGGCUUUUCUCUCUCUGGGUUGUGUGAUCCAGCGGGGCGGUCUGUGUUCUGUGUAUAGGACAAGGUGUGUAUAUAUUUUAUACCUCGAUGUAUCACUGUAAAUGGGGUUGUUGAAGCCUCAAGCUGUACAUGGUUUUUCCCGAUGGAUGUGUCUGUUCCUUGCGCUGUCUUCGUAAAUAAACGCACCAAAAUGAAA